CGUUACACUAAGUCCACCCGGGCAGAUUGUUGGAUCUUUCACAACCCAGAUUUUUGCAGCGCUGAAGGCCACAAAUCAUUCGUCGGUGUCCACCAUCGUCUUCCUCCUUGUCGUCGUCAUCUUUUUCACCAUGGUGGUCGCCCCUACGAUUACCAAAGUCAGCAGCUCGGUGGUUGCUUCUUCGAAUACGACAGCACUGUCCAAACUGUGUCAAGCCAAUUUGGGAAUUCUCUCUCAAAAAUUGGGAUUGUUGGACGCUCUCACGGCAAAGCACGACCCUGCCACUGCCAAGGAAUUGUUUCAAACCACCUGUCCCCUCGUACAAGCAUCGGUGGGACAACAUUUUCGACACAGUCUCGAUCACAUGGAAUUGGCCGCAUCGAUUGCCGAAAAACCGGGUGGGCGUCUUCCCGAACUUCAUUACGAUUUGCGCGAACGAGGAUGUGCGAGUGAAAGUGACAUGGACGCUGCCACGGAGCGGAUUGUCAACAUGAUUCAUCAAUUGGAAGUCAUUCAACUUAUGGAUACUAGUACUACUAUGACUAGUACUGGUGAUGAUGAUACGAGCAGCAGCAAUACUGUCAUGCCCAAACAACAAAUGCCGGCACAAGCGUUUUUCAUGCUCGCGGGAGACAGCGAUACCGAAUAUGCCUUGGCAACAUCCAUUGGACGAGAAUUGGGAUUUGCCGCACAUCAUGCCAUUCAUCACAUGGCAUUGGUCAAAUUGAUUGCAACACAAACAUGGGGACUGGAUGCCACCACCGAUUUACCAGAAGGAUUUGGAAGAGCACCCAGUACCAUUAAUUUUGACAAUACCAAUACUCAGCAAUAACAUCGUACAGUAACGACAAGAGCAAACAAACACGACAACCACAAUAAAUAGUGGUCAGCUGGGAGGAUAUAUCCCUCUAGCUACUGGGACUUAUGGUAGAGGAGGUUUGGCGAGAGAGGAACUUACGUAGAAGAUCCCCAAGUGCUGACAUGAGCAGGACUCCUACUUGCUAGCUACCGAACCGUAGUUAGAUUAGAGUGAAUUAGAGAUUGCGUACGGUACUAGCUAGCCACACUCAAAGAAUAUUCGUAGCAUCAGCGGCAAUGGUUGACUGUUCUUGGCGGUUGUAUGAACACUCUUUAGAAUACAGAGUGCAAAGGAGUAUAUUGAUCCCUCAGCAAGCUUUCCAGUAUCAAUGAAAGUCUGGGGUGGACUGUGCAUUGGAUUAGAUCAACCCAACAACUCCACCACUAGGAAACAAGUCGCAUGCACAAGCGUCAACACGCAGCAGCUUGUCCACAAAGCGGGAGCAAUUGGGGGUAGCUCAAGAGAUGGAGCACAAAUCAUCAAGGCAACUGUUCUGUGCUGUGUUGUUGCCUUGCGCAACAAUAUCGAGUUCAUCGCCGGACGUUGCCAUACUAUUCUGUAGAGGAACGCCCUUCCACCAACUAGUGGCGAACUGGAACGGGAGCGAGCCCGGCCGGAUGAGACCUAAAUGGAAAUCCGAUAGGAUUGACAUUUAGGUCGAAGCCGGCCGGGCGAGCUCCCGGACAGUGAGACACAGGAGGGGGAAGGGCGUAUCUUCUGGAACCAUGUGACAAUUUCACCUCUAAGUAAGCAAUUGGAGUUUUCUAAGUAAAGAUUAUUUUAGCUCACAUUUUGAGUUUGAAGCCAACCAAAUGGCGCCAUUUUGGCUUCAGCACUUGCUGCAGCACACUCCAAAUCCAAUUGCAGCACGCAACCAACCAACCAACACAACUCGAUCG